AUGAUAAACAGAAAACCUCUUUCUCUUUAUCCUCCACCGCCAUGCCUCUGCCUCCCGCGAACAGGUCCAAUCAACCUUGAGUUCAGAAAAGGCAUCAAAUCCGCCCCUUCCGAUCUCGUCUUCUCCUCAUGGGUGCCCCUCGCCGACGCCUCCGCCUGCCCUGACGACUUCUACUGUGUCAUCUUCUACGCCGCCGCCUUCGCCAUGGUCGUCGUCGCUCUAGACGACCUCGGUCCCUCCGGAUUUUUGAAAUUCAGCAACCUCAUCCGCUCCCAAGGUCGAACGUGUGUAUGGUCCGGAUCCCUACUCGCCGAUCCGUCAUCUCCACUGACAGAGUUUGUCCAAGGCACCUUGAGGAGACGAAGGACGAUCGGAGAAUUUUGUUGUUAG